AUGCAGAGUCAGUUACCACGUUUAGUGAUGAUUGGUGACUCUUCUGUUGGUAAAACAUCGUUAGUCUAUCAAAUGUGCAAAGGAAAAUGGGAGGAAACACGCCCAACGGUUGCGACUGCGUUUUAUAUUUUAAAUGGAGAUCCAGCCAAAGGUCAGCAAGAUAUUCAGAUAUGGGAUACAGCAGGUGCUGAAAGAUAUAGAGCCCUCAACAGUGUAUAUUAUCACAACGCAAUGGGUGGUUUACUUGUCUUUGAUUUAACCAAUAGAAAAUCAUUUGAAGCCCUUCCUUCAUGGCAUGAAGAAUUUGUGUCCCUUGCUCAGCCUGGAGCACUAUUAGUUCUUAUUGGAAACAAAUCAGAUUUAGCGGAUGAAAUUCAAGUUCCAGUUGCAGAAGCGGAAGAAUGGGCAAAAGUUCACGAUAUCAAGUUCUUUUAUACUUCAGCUAAGGAUAAUACAAAUAUUAACGAAUUAUCAGAAUACGUACUUAACUCUAUGCCUAAGAACGUUACAUUUACAGCCAUAUCAUUAGAUCAAAAGAAUAAGAAACCUCAGAAGAAUUCAGAAGGUUGCUGCUAG